AUGGCUACUGUCUGGACAACCUGUCCUAAUACUGAGGGCUAUCUACCUCUACCUAUUACCACCGACCGCCUUAUCACACGAGCAUUCCAUUUAUCGGAUCUUGAUGCAUAUCGUACCCUACUGAGGGAUCCAGGAGCUAUGGAAGGGGAGCCGAUCAUGGACCCUGCCGAGUCUCAGCAAGAACUCCAACGCGUGUUGCCACCAUUCACCACAGAUCUCCUUUUAGGAAUCUUUCUAAGGAACCCUAAUGGCAGCGAAGGCGAGCUCAUCGGUGAUGGUGGAAUGUUUAGGCGUGCCGACGACAACGGAGUCCCAAGAAACUGGUUCGAAUUCGCUUACCGCUUCAAGCAGGAGCACUGGUCCAGGGGUUACGCAACUGAAUUUGGGCAUGCCUUUAUGCGAUUUUGGUGGAGUCUACCUCGCCAGCAAGUAAGCUUUGAAGUAGCCCCCAGCACUCUCGAUAGAAGGGAAACAUCUCAGGCAAGAGAGCGAGUGAUCGCUUCUGUACACAAGAGUAACCCCAGGAGUGAGAGAGUGCUGAACAAAUUAGGUUUUGAGGUGUUUCUAUCUGAGCCUUACGAUGUCGAUCCAAUGAACCAUUGGCUAUUGCAAGAAAACUCGAGUAUUCUACGACCUAGUGCAGUGGAAGUGAAGUGCACGAGCAAGUCUGGACAGACUAUUAAACUUGCCGAAGGUGAGAGGAUAACUGGAGAUGAAAUUGAAGAAAGAUUCGGAACACUUCAUUUGGCCUAG